AUGCUCCACCCUUGUAUGAAUUGUAUUGUAUUUGUUUUAUUACUCAAAUUCUGCUCUCAGCUUCCAUCUUUUUUUUACUCUUCAACGAGGAACAACAAGAAACUACCAUCUCCAUCUCUGAAAUGACCCUAACACCCUUCUUCUUCACCAUUUCUCUCCUCACCACCACCAUCAUCAUUACAUUAACAAAAUGUGCAUUUGUUACUGCCCUCGGCUCGGCCUCCACGGCUGCUGUUACCUUUGGCACGGCCACUGUUUGUGGCAUCAUUGCUGGUGAGCCAACACAGAGAGUCCAGUGCUACCAAAAUGGACUCAACGUUUCAGUUUUGCCUAAUGUAUCAUUUGAAGCAAUUUCUGGUGGCAGAAGCUUUUUUUGUGGCCUCAGGUCAGGUGGAUUCAAAAUUUACUGUUGGGAGACUCAAACUACAAUGAUUUCAAGUUUUAGGCCAAAACGUAUAUAUUCCAACUACAGUAUAUCCUUGACUGACCUGGCGGUUGGUGAUGAUCAGGUUUGUGCUAGAGAAGUGGAUUCUGGUAUAGCUAGAUGCUGGAGAGGAGGAAGUGGUUCUCCAUUUCCAUCAUCUGGGAUUGGUUUAAGGUUUCGUGCAAUCACAUCAGGGAGUGGCUUCACUUGUGGGAUAUUGAAGAAUGAUGGCAAAGUUUUCUGUUGGGGUGGUAAUAAGAUGGGAGUUGAAAUCCAAAGACUAUUUGGUAAUUUGUCGAUGUCAAAUUUGGUUGCUGGAGAUUCUCAUGCUUGUGGAUUGACUAUGACAGGAUUCUUGGUUUGUAGAGGGAAUAAUGAGUCCGGGCAAUUGGAUGUUCCUUCUAAUUCAGCUUUUGAGUUCUCUGGCCUUUCAUUAGGAGGAAACUUUAGUUGUGGUAUCAGGCGAAAAAAUGGAUUGGUUCUCUGCUGGGGAGGAGCUAACAGAUCUAAAUUUGAUUAUGAUGCAGUGAAAGAUGUUUCAUUUGAGUCAAUUGUUUCUGGUUUGAAUUUUAUUUGUGGCUUGACAACAGGGAAUCUAACAAUGGUUUGUUGGGGUCCAGGGUGGUCUAAUGGGGUUAAUUCAAUGAGUGAUCUUCCUUUGGGAAUGGUAAUUCCAGGUCCAUGCGUUCAGGUUACAUGUAAUUGUGGUACGUAUCUAAAUUCUGAGACCUUGUGUUAUGGUUCAGGAAACAUUUGCAAAUCAUGCCAGACUGAACUUCCAAUUCCAGUGCCAUUGUCCCCAUUACUAGCACCACCUCCAUCAGAAGGAUCGAAGCCAUUUUCUCCACCAAGGAAGGACAUUAACAGGCUUUCCUUGGUAUUUUUGUUUGUUGGAUCAACUGGAGCUUUUGCAGGGAUUUGCACUAUUUUUUACUGCUUAUGGCCAGGAGUAUGUGGCUUCUUGCUAUGCAGGACGCAUAAUUCUGUGCAGCCAACGGUUACAGAUGCCAAUAUAAUUACAACUGUUGUGGAUAGUAAUGAUUCCAUUGCCCCAUCUUUACGAUCAUUUUCCAUUAGGCGCAACAGCUCACAAAGACUAGGUCGCCAGAGAAGUGGGUCAUCAUCAUCAAAACAUGCAGAGAAAACCCAAAAUUUUUCAUUAUUAGAGCUUGCUAGUGCUACUAAUAACUUCUCAGAGGAAAACAGGAUAGGUGCUGGGAGCUUUGGAGUUGUUUAUAAAGGCAAACUUCCUGAUGAUCGUGAAGUAGCCAUUAAAAGAGCAGAAACUUCUGCAAAGGUAAAGAAAUUCCAAGAGAAAGAAACUGCUUUUGACUCAGAAUUAGCAUUGUUAUCCCGGCUUCACCACAAGCAUUUGGUCGGGUUAGUUGGAUUCUGCCAAGAUAAUGAUGAGAGGCUUUUGGUUUACCAGUACAUGAGCAAUGGGUCACUCUAUGAUCACCUGCAUAACAAGGACAAUAUUGAAACAGACAGUAGCAUUCUAAAUUCCUGGAAAAUGAGGAUCAAAAUUGCAUUGGAUGCAGCAAGAGGGAUUGAAUACCUCCACAACUAUGCAGUUCCACCUAUAAUUCAUAGAGACAUCAAGUCCUCAAAUAUACUAUUAGAUGCAGAUUGGACGGCUAGAAUUUCAGAUUUUGGAUUAUCACUAAUGGAACCAGGAUCUGAUCAAGAAUUUAUGUCAACCAGGGCAGUUGGGACGGUUGGAUACAUUGAUCCUGAAUACUAUGUAUCGAAUGUACUGACAGCAAAAAGUGAUGUAUAUGGUUUGGGGGUGGUAUUGCUAGAGCUUUUGACAGGACAAAAAGCUGUUUUCAAAAAUGAAGAAGAUGGAACAGGACCAAUCGGGGUGGUCGAAUAUGCCAGCCCGAGGAUAUUGACAGGUGAUCUCCGGACAGUGGUGGAUAGAAGGGUUGGUGUCCCCGAGAUUCAUGAGGCGGAGGCUGUGGAGCUGAUGGCUUAUACGGCUCUGCAUUGCGUGAAUUUGGAGCGAAAGGAGAGGCCUAAUAUGACAAACAUUAUUGCCAAUUUGGAGAAAGCGCUGACGCUUUGUAAGGAUAGCCCUGCUAGUCUCUCUUCUAGAACAAUUUCCAUUCCUUCAGAAUGAGAUUUAAGAAGAAGAGUUCAUUUAACUGAUUUUUCCC